CGCGCCGCCGCGACUGCGCCUUGACGACUGCAAACCAAGCGCCGUUGUCAACCAUUUACAUAUAAAGCCCUAUUCGAUGACCUAUUUAUUUCAUCAUUUAAAAGAUUACCUGAAACCCUCCAGAAUGUCAAGAUUCCGGUUCGGCAGGCAGCAUGAUGGCUACUUCAAAGUUCCCAGUGACGAUAGCGGCUUCUUAGAUGCACAGUUUGAAUGUCCUCCACCUAAAAUACCCUGGAAAGCUAUUUCAUUGGCUUCUUUCCUGUUUAUAGUGGGCACAGUGCUAUUAAUCGUAGGCAGUCUCAUUGUAUCCGGGUACAUAGACACUAAGUACUCGGACCGACUGUGGCCAAUCAUAGUUUUAGGUGGUAUAAUGUUUUUGCCCGGAGCCUAUCACAUAAGAAUAGCAUAUUACGCCUAUAAAGAGUAUCCAGGGUACAGUUUUUCAGAUAUACCAGAGUUUGAAUGAGUCCGCAUUUUACUCAAAAUGGUUUAUGGAUCUAAAUGUUGUUAUUUAAGUGUUUAAGGUGGCAAUGUUUCUAUGAAUGUUAAAGUAAAUAUUUUAAAUGUUCUUCUGGUGCUUCGGAUGUAAAUGAUAAGAUUUUUUCUGCUUAAAGGUUUGUCUAGUUAUGGGACUCUUGAGAGGUGUUAAGAGUCUUUGUUUUAUAUUAAUUUAUUUCUGUGCCACAAAAGGGUAAAGAAUGAAAUGAAUCUAUGAUUACAUGGAUUUUAGGCGUAUACUUUGCAUCACACCAUUGGUUCCAAAGUAAUUUGUCAAUUGGUCAGUUUUAGUUAUAAUAAAUUAUAAAUUAUGCUGAUAUGUGUAGUAUGUAUCUUUUAUGUAAUUAAACGCUAGAUACCCCAAAUACUGAUAUAAAUAUGUGGUUUGCAAUGAUAAUGUAUGAAUUUGGUGUUAAUUAGUACAACACACAGUAUUAAUUAAAUUUAAAUAUAUGUGAGUCCAACUGCAGAUUCAAGUAUUACAUGAUGUGCUUUGAUUGGUAUUAUCAUUGAGAAGGACUUAAUUUCACUCCUUCAUUAAUUAAAGAUUCCUUCAUUAAAGAAAGAAGGUAAAUAAAAUGUCAUCAUAAGUUAUCGUUUAGCCCUCAAGACACAUCACAUGGUUGAUAUCCUUUAUUUAUAACAUGCUCUGAGCUAGAAUCAAUUGUCCUCAUAAAAAUAUAUUUGAACCUGAUUUACUGGGAGUUAGUCUGAACUAUGGGCACAAGCAUAGAUAGCCAAGGAUAUAUUGUAAAAGUUCAAAAUCUAGUUAUAGUUGUAAUUUUGUGAUGUUAUAGUGACUGUGCAAUAAUUUCACAUUUCCAUUGUGUUAAAUGUGUGUUUGCUGAUAAUUAUUCUGCACUCUGCACUUGAUAAUUAUUCCAUUGUAUUAUUGCUAUUAAGGAUCUACUAAUAAAUGUUUUACAAAA